CAAUAUUUGAGUGAUAGAGAUAUUGCACCGCUGUAGCGAAGUGAAGAUAAAUAAAUAAUUGAAAUUUUAUUAAAUAAAUAAAUAUUAUUGUUUAUCAUUAACUAUAAAUCCUUAUUAAAGCUCCUGCGAUCAUUAUAAAUAUAAACAUUAGUCUUUUAGUUAUACAUCACUGGCUCUUUAGGUUAUCUUAUAAAGUCGGCGUUUAUUAUGUCAAUUGAACAAGUAUUUCUGUACUUCUGGAUUGAAAAACAGAUGGCAUUGGUGUAUUCUUCUAAUCUGUCAUGAACAGCUGUUUUACUUAUCAAUGACAUGAUGUGUUUACCACUAUUUAUAAAAAUUAAUUAUCUUAUUUUUUGAAAGAAUGUUGUCAUUGAAAAAAAAUAAUUUAAGUAAUUCGUAAUAAUGCAUAAAAAUAUAAAUUCACCAACUAAAUUAACGGAGUUUGCUCCGUUAAGCCAGCAAGAUAAUCAACCUGGAGUAGUUUCUCUGUUUUCAAAAUUUUUUAGUUUUACUAAAAAUAUAUCUACUGGAGAAGGUACGGAAAUAUCUCCCAAUAAUGAUGAACAAAGCUGUUCUUCAGGAGAUUCAGAAUCUUGGAAAGGAGAUGGAUUAGAUCGAGAAAAAUCACCUGUUGAUGAUGACAGUUCUACAAGUAUGUCUACUUAUCCUGUUGACACUUCUGAAGGGCGUAGUUUACCCAAUGUUCUCAAACGUAUCAGCAAUAUUGUAGCUUUAAAAAGUAAUAAUUUGCAAUCCUACAAGGAUUCUCAUUUAAGAAGUUACUGGAUGCCAGAUAAAAAAGCUAAACAAUGUUAUGAAUGUGGAGAAAGGUUUACAACAUUCAGAAGAAGACAUCAUUGUAGGGUUUGUGGUCAAAUAUUUUGUUCCAAAUGUUGUUCUGACGAAAUUCCUGGUAAAAUAAUGGGUUGCACUGGAGAUUUGAGGGUUUGCACUUAUUGUUGUAAAGUCGUUUUAUCAUAUUUACAGUCUUCAGAUAUGAAAAGUGUCCUUUCUGCUGAUUUGAAAGCUCUUCAAGAAGACUUACAACUAAAAUACGGUAAUGAUUCUAUUCCAGUAAUGGAAAAUAUGUCUAGUAGUGUAAUUCAGGAUGACACAAGAAUAAGUAGAAAGCCAAGUGUGGGAUACAUGGAAGAAAAAUACGCGAUAGGAACAUCAGGAGAUUAUUUAUCUUCUCAAGAACGAGCAAAUGUUUUGAAAAAUUCUACAUCAUUAAGAAUCAUUUGUGAAGAAUUAUUUCGAUCCAAUCAAGCAAUUAAUCUUCAAACUCACCGAAUAAGGCUUAAAAAUCACUAUAAUUGUUUUACAGGAAGUGAAUUAGUGAACUGGAUGAUUGCUCAGAAUAAAGCGGCAACAAGAAUUCAAGGAGAGGCGAUUGGCCAAGCAUUACUCGAAGCCAACUUUAUUGAAUCGGUUCAAUCAGAAGUAGAGUUCAGUGAUUCAACAGCAAUAUUUAGACCCACAAGCAAUAAUUUACUCGGAAAUUAUCUAAGUAGCAGUAAUCAAUCAAGUUGUGACGGUCAAGAACCUGCAUGGGUAAAAAAUAUUCCUCAGAAUGACUCAACAACAGACUCUGAAAGUGAAACAAAGCCAUCAUAUGCUUCGCCUCCAUCUGUGAGUCAUUUUCCUACAUCAGGGUCUAGUUUUUAUCUGGAUCUUAAUCUUGAAGAUUCCACUGUCACGUUGAAACGACCUAAAACGUCUCAAGACAUCAAUAAAGAAUUUACUGAUAGUAGUGACAGUGCUACUGAAUCAAAACAAUACCGUAAUUCAAUAUCAAAACAUGAUUUUGCUGGUUCAAGUACUGCCAGUGUUGGUUCUGAUGAGCUUUUAAAUGAUGAUGCACUUCAAACUGUUCAACAAGUUAAAGAAAUUAAUUGUUGGUACAAAGUUAAUAAUUUACGCAAUUCUUUUGGAGAAAUGAGUGCAUAUAAUAAUUUAUCAUUAGCUUACAAACAACAUGAGGAUUAUUUAAUCAAACAACUUUUGAACAGCCAAGGUCUAUCUCAAAAUUGGUCUGAAAUGAUACUCUCUCUUGCUCAUCAAAUUAUUGAUCAAGUAAGGCCAGAUGAAAAUCACAAUGCUGAUGAUAUGGAUAUUAGACAAUAUGUUCAAAUUAAAAAAUUACCUGGAGGUAAUAGGAGUGAUUGUGAAAUUGUUUCUGGAGUUGUUUGCAGUAAAAAUAUUGCACAUCGUGCGAUGCAUUCAACGAUUUUAAAUCCAAAAAUUUUAUUACUUCAAUGUGGAUUAAUGUAUCAGCGUGUAGAAGGAAAAUUACUGAGUCUUGAACCUGUUAUGUUGCAGGAAAAAGAAUAUUUGGGUUAUACAGUAGCGAGAAUCAUGGCUCUGAGACCAAAUAUUGUUAUGGUUCACCGAUCAGUGUCAAGAUUAGCUCAAGAUAAGUUUAAAGAAUGUGGAGUUACUCUUGUUCUCAAUGUUAAGCUUCCUGUUCUUGAAAGAGUGGCUCGUUGUACUGGUGCAACUAUCGUGAACACAAUAGACGCUCAACUAACAACACGGUUUAAAUUAGGAACUUGUCAAAAAUUUUAUUUGAGAAGUUUUUCUAUUAAUGAUGGUUCGACAAAAACACUGAUGUGUUUUGAAGGUUGUGCUGAUGCUAAUCUUGGAUCUACCAUUCUUUUAAGAGGUGGAUCACUUGUUGAGUUAAAGAAAGUUAAGAAUGUAAUGUCAAUGAUGCUUUUUGCUGUUUAUUCGUGGAGAUUAGAAAUGUCUUUCCUAAUGGAUGAAUUUGCUGAACCACCAUCUCAGAAAGAUGACUGUUUUCUUCAUGAAAACAGUAAUAAAGAUUCAGUAAAUAAUUUGAGUGAAUCUUAUAAUGAUAAAUUAAAAUUAACAGCUUCUAAAUCGUCCACCAAUGAUAAUUAUGGUAAUAAUAUUUUUAAUGAUUUAGAAAAUAAAAAUACAGAUAUAAAUUCUUAUGAUACUUUGAAACUUUUCAAAUCUAAUAAAAAAAGUUCACAUAAUAAUAAAGAUGAUAAACAAGAUGUUUUUCAUAAAACAACACAAGACAAUGAAGAAAGUUUAUUAAAUAAUGAUAGCAAUAUAAAUGAUUGUGAAAAUGAUAUUUUGAUUGGAGAAAUUUCCUUGGAUCAAAAUGUUAUUUCUGAGACGUCUGAAAUGACAUUUAGACUAAAGGAAAAAGUUUUAAGCGAAGAAAAAAGAGUUCAUGGUGAAUCAGUGAGUGAUCAGAGUGAUCCUCUUCAUCAAUAUUUGAAUGAAGAGGAAGAUAUAUUUUCUCAAACAAUAAAUUCAUCAAGCACUAGUCAAAAUUUAAGUGUUGCUGAUCUUCCAUUAUUAAAUAAAUUCAAGAAAGCUUUAGAUGACACUGUUUUGAGCUUUUCACCUUAUCUAAAAUUUACAAUACCUUAUUUAGAAACAGAACCUGGUCGGAAUUGUGUUUUGCGUAAAUUCUUUCCAAAGGAAAUUUUUUAUUCUGCCCAAUUUUCUAAUAAAAUUGAAGGAAUUAAGGCUAAUAAUAUAAAUAACAUAACUCAACCAUUGAAAGAAAAUUCUUUACAGCAUAAGUUGAAACCACGACAUCCGUUUACUUUAAUGAAAUUCACAUCUGGUGUUGAUUCUAAAGAAGUGCAAACACUUUUAGCAGAUUUUCGAGCUCGUGGUAGCAGACUACCAUUUUCUAACAACGUAAUAUUAGAAAAAAAUACGAAAGUUGUGGAAACUGAAUCAACAAUAAUUAAUGAUUCAACAGGAUUAAGAUGGCCUGAUUGUUUAGACCCAGCAAGUCAUCAACGACUGCCAGUACUUUUUUGUAGCUUUUCUCACAACGCCAAUAACGUUCCAGCUUUCUGCCUUAACCCUUGGAUAGUAAAUAUGGAUUUAUAUGGUCGCAAUGAUAUUGCUUUGGGCCGUUUCCUUGAAAGAUAUUGUCUUACAUCUGAAUACAAGUGCCCAGCAACUGCUUGUAGAGCUCAGAUUGAUCAACAUGGUCGUAGAUUUGCACAUGAUGGUAGUUGUGUUCAUAUAUCUUUGAAAAAAAUAUCUAGCGAUGUUUUUAGACAAGAAAACCAACAUAUUUUAAUGUGGAGUAAAUGUAUAAAAUGUAAAAAUGUAUCUCCAGUAGUUCCAAUGUCAUCAGAUACUUGGUCUCUAUCAUUUGCCAAAUAUUUAGAGCUUCGGUUUCAUGGUAAUGUUUAUACAAACAGAAGUUCAGAUACUUGUAAUCAUUCUCUUCACCAUGAUCAUUAUCAGUAUUUUUCAAAAAACAACAUGUUAGCAGUAUUUAAGUUUACAAAGAUUUUGCUUUGGGAGAUUUCAUUACCGCCACCGCUUAUUCAUAUUACUUAUGAUGCUAAACAGCAUGCAAAUAUUAUUGAGGAAGUGAAAAAUAUUGCUUUAAAAGGCGAUGAAGUAUUCUGUGGUAUAAAAGAGAAACUUAUGACUCUUCAAAUUGAUCAGGACGGAUUGAAUCCAAUUAAGCAGCAAUUGAAUAAAGAACAACAGUAUUUUAAAAAUAAAAUAGAAGAAAUUCAAUUAAAGUUAACAUCUCCGACAUUAGAGAAUAAAAAAUUAGAAGGGAAAACAGCACAAAGACAUGUACAAGCAUUUAUGUUUAGAAUUGAGGACGGCAUAGUAAUUUUAAAACGACUAAUAUCAGAAGCAGUUUCUAAUUGGAAUGCGAGAAUUUUAGAUUUAGCUACAAAGAAGAAGGAUGAAAGGUUUAGAAGGUUUACUGAAAGGUCACAAGUAACAGGAAGUAGCGGAAUAAUUGAUACCGAUGGUUACAUAACUGAAGAUACCGCAUCUGAGUCACUCGUGGAAGAUUUGAGUCCUAUGUCUGCUGAUUACAAUGCGAUUGAUAUUAUAUCUAAAGUCCAGAGUGAUUUUCAACUCGGAGAAACUCUCGAGAGUUCUGAUAAUGAAGUUCAAGAAACUGGUAAUCAAACAGACGUUGUUAUUCUUCAAGACUCGCCCAAGUCUCACCAUCGAUCACAUUCUGAUGUUUUACCUAUCACUUUAGAUGAUAUACCCGAUAAAAAGAAGAAAAAAAAGACUAUUUUAUCACAACUUUUACCAUCUGCUCCAAUUAUUACUCCAAUCUCUAAUCCACUCGGAGCUUUAGAGCAUCAUUUAUUGCCCCUUGGAUCUGUUGUUCCUGUUGUUGUUUACGAGUCUGAACCUUCAUCGAUUAUCGCCUACGCUUUAGAUUCUCAUGAUUAUAAGCAUGCUUUGCAAGAAAUUAUACGCACAACUAAAGCCGCUGAUCAAAAUUCAAGUCCUCUCAACAAAAGAAAAUUGGACAAUAAAGAUAAUUCUGUUGAUUCUAAUCAGUCAGAAAAUAAUUUGCAAACCACUAGCAGUACGAAUACUACGGAUGCAGAAGAAGAUAAGAAAAUAAUAAAACAGCAGAAUUACAUUGAAGUUCAAUUUGCAGAUGAUACUACUAAUUUCUACUGUAGGAUAUAUUUUGCAGCACAAUUUGCUGCAUUGAGAGAAAAUGUAUUGCCUUGUGGAGAAGAUGGUUUUACCAGAAGCCUUUGUAGAAGCGUUCAAUGGGCAGCAAGAGGUGGUAAAAGUGGCAGUGCUUUUUGCAAAAGUCGAGAUGACAGAUUUAUUCUUAAAGAAUUAUCAAGAGUAGAAAUGCAAAUAUUUCUAGACUUUGCACCAAAUUAUUUCGCAUACAUGGAAAAAUGUCUUCGAAAUAAACAACCAACACUCUUAGGUAAAAUUAUUGGAGUUUACAGAGUAUCUUUUAAGAAUAAUACAACAAAUGCUUCACUUAAAACAAGUGUGUUGGUAAUGGAAAAUUUAUUUUACUCUCGAACAAUUACGGAUAAAUAUGAUUUAAAAGGAUCAGUGAGAAAUCGCUUAGUUAAUCUAGAUGAAGCAGAUCAUGAAGGAGAAUUAGUUUUAUUGGAUGAAAAUUUAUUGAAUAUGAGCUGUGAUUCACCUUUGUAUAUAAGACCACAUUCUAAAGAUGUUUUAAACAAAGCAAUUGAACAAGAUACUAAAUUUUUAGCUGAGAAUUCUGUAAUGGAUUAUUCAUUGCUUGUUGGUAUUGAACCAGACUCAAACGAGCUUGUUUUAGGAAUCAUUGAUUAUAUACGAACGUUUACGUGGGACAAAAAGCUAGAAACAAUGGUAAAAAAAUCCGGAAUAUUAGGAGGUCAAGGUAAAUUGCCAACGAUUGUAUCUCCAGAAGAAUAUCGUGCUAGAUUUAUUGUUGCCAUGCAUAGAUAUUUUCUACCUGUUCCGGAUAGGUGGACUGGAUUAGGCCGUGGGGUUGAGUCUUCAUAACUUUUUAACUAUGCUGAUUAAAUUAAUAAUUCAUUUAAAUACAAUUAUAAAUAUUGUAAAUAAUUGAUAAUAAAUUGAAGAAUUUAAUUAUUAAUUAUAUUAUUGUCACAAAGAAAUUUUCAAUAAUAAUUAAUUUGUACAUAUUUUGUGUUUUCUAAACUGAAUUAAUCUUUUCCAUAGGUAAGAUAGUGGAAUUAGAAAUUUGAUGUAAAAAAUUUUUUAUGAAGACAACAAUUUCAUAAUCGAUUAUAGUAGCAAAUAAUGAAUCAAAUUAAUAUUUAUCCACUUAUUUAUAUGAUUAAUAGAAUAUUU